GUGGUAUGAAUAUAUUCACCUACACUAACCCCAAGUUUUUUGUACUGAAAAACAAGCCUUUGGGAUAAUACUUUUAUCAAAUCAUUUUGGAUAAUACCUUUAUCAAAUCUCCUAUGUAGUUCAGAAAGAUCUUCUUCACGGAGGAAAUAUUGCAUGUGAGCUUGAAGUCGAAUAGACAACUUGUCACUCGUGGAAACAUCUAAAUCACUUGAUGCGAACUCCACCACGUGUGCGUCAGCUUGGUAAGUUUUGAAUUUAAAGUCUGGACCAAUAAGAUGGCGACCACCGGAGUACACUUCGUCAGUGUACACAGUUCCUGUUGAUUUUCUCUGCACGAACGCAAUCUAUAGAGGAAGACUUUUGUAAAUUGGCAUUUGUCUAUUUUAGUUUUUCACGGCACGAUGUGCCGCCCGACAGCCAAACAUGUAAUAAUCUCACAACUUGUCAACAAGAUGUGUUUGCAACAGGCUUGUAGCAAGCUUGUCAACAAGUUGUAACAAUGCUGUUAUUUUAUCAAGUUGCUACAAGGUUGUCACUCACGAUGUACGUGUUGACAAGGUGUUGAAUUACAGGUCUACACACUUAAAAACGCACAAGUUGUUACAAGUCUGCAAACAAGUUGUUACAAAUUUGUUCACAAGCUGUCGGCAAGUUGUGUUCGCACUGCUUGUUCCCAGUUGUUCUAACAAGUUUGGAACAAGCUAACUGUUAACAAAUUGUAAAAAGCUUGAUGGUGUUAUCAGACUUGUCACAAGGUUGUUCUAACAAUUCUGAUACAAUCAUGAUGUAACAAAAUGUUACAAGAUUGUAACAAUAUUGUUGCAUCAUGACUGUAACGGACUUGUUACAACAACCCUGCAGCAAGUCUGAUAAUACCAACAAGGUUGUUACAAGAUGUUAACAGCUUGUUCCAAACUUGUUGAAAACUUGGGACAAGCAGUGCGAACACACAACUUGUUGACGGCUUGUUGACAGGUCUGCCAACAAGCCGUCAACAAGUUGUGUUCGCACUGCUUGUCCCAAGUUGUCAACAAGUAUGGAACAACUUGUUAACAGUUGUAACAACCUUGUUGAUAUUAUCAGACUUGUUGCAAGGUUGUUCCAACAGGUCUGAUACAGUCAUGAUACAACAAUAUUGUUACAACCUUGUGUCGUCAAUCUUGUAACAUUCUUGUUAUAUCAUGACUGUAUCAGACUUGUUAGAACAACCUUGUAACAAGUCUGAUAAUUAAUGCAAUCAAGCUUGUUACAAGUUGUUAACAGAUUGUUCCAGACUUGUCACAACAACUGGGAACAAGAAGCACGUAAAAACGCACAAGUUGUCACAAGUCUGCAAACAAGUUCUUACAAAUCUGUUCACAGGCUGUCAACAAGUUGUGUUCGCACUGCUUGUUCCCAGUUGUUGUAACAAGUUUGGAACAAGCUUGAUGGCAUUAUCAGACUUGUUACAAGGUUGUUCUAACAAGUUUGAUGCAGUAAUGAUAUAACAAGAAUGUUACAAGGUUGACGACACAAGGUUGUAACAAUAUUGUUAUAUCAUGACUGUAUCGGACUUGUUGGAACAACCUUGCAACAAGUUUGAUAAUAUGAACAAGGUUGUUACAAGUUGUUAACAGCUUGUUCCAAACUUGUUGACAACUUGGGACAAGCUGUGCGAACUGCGAAGACAACUUGUUGACGACUUGUUGGCAGACUUGCUACAAGAUGUGAGAUUGUCGCCAGUGAACUUGUCGACAGCUUGUGAAAAGAUUUGUCACAACUUGUGUGUUUUUACGUGUGUACAAGAUGCAGGAGAUUUUUGUGUGUGUAGAUCAGUGACGAUAACAAACUGUUGGAACAACUUGUAACAAGUCUGUUGAGAACAACCUUGUAGCAAGUUGUCAGCAAGCCGUUGACAACAUGUCAACAAGCUGGGAACAAGCAGUGCGAACACAUCCUGUUGACAAGUUGUUGGAACAGCAUUGUUACAAGUCUGCUGAAGGUUUGUUACAACUUGCGCGUUUUUACGUGCGUAUGCCAGUGAUUCUGUCCGAACAUUUACAGACGAUGUUAACAGUAUAGCCAGAAUUAAUGGGUGAUGCCAUUAAUGGAUUAAUGGUACGCGAGGACCUCAUUCUGUUAUGUAUGUCCACAGUAUGCUUAUUAUUGAAUGCAUGAAUUGACAGCAAUACAUGAAUAUAUCACUUCAUAAAUACAUUAUACAUCAGCUAGCCAUGGCAACUGAUCCUGCUAUGCUAAUAAACGUAGAUGCUUAGCGGAUAGGCUAAAAGAGUAAAGACAUAAUAGACAUCACAUGUCUAAAGGUUUGAAUAAGGCUAGCUUCGCCAGUGUAUGAAUGAUGAAUUAUGACUUCCACAAUCACUCCACAUCACUUCGAAAAAGCAAUUCGGCAAUGUUCCACGAGAACGCCGAAGUAAGCACUAUUGAGAAUGCCAGAACUGUUACAUUCGCGGUAUGAGCGACUAGGGACAAGUCAGGAUGAAGUCAGUGACGUCAUAAUACAUCAGCACAUUCUCGAGCACUUGAUAUUUCAAGCACCCUCAGAUAAACUGUUUCCUCUUUUUUUCCCAUUUUCGUUUAAUGUCACGAUAUCUCGUGUUCUCAAACUCCUGAAGCCUGUUGCAAACAAGAGGUUUUGGCCGAGCUAACUGGGGCAACUGUCCCCCCCCCCCCCUAGGGAAAACUAUAUUUACGAUUUUCGGAAUGUCAUCAUUAAUUAUUCGUUGGAUAUUUGGGACCUUUUGGGGUUAUCGUUCCAUGUUUCGCGCACCAAUAUAGGUUAGGGUUAGGGGUAGGCAUUAGGGUUAGGGGUUAGGUUAGGGGUUUGGGUUAGGUUUAAGGUUAGGGUUAGGGUGUGUAUAUAUGUGUAAAGAGGUAUUCAGUUAACUUUUCAGUACACUAUAAUAUCCAUUACAUAACGUUUACUAUAUAGGUGCGCGAAACAUGGAACGAUUACCCUUUUUGGCAUAUAGACUUUACUGCCCCCCCCCUGGUGAGAAAAUCCUGCGUACGGGAAAACAGCCUCGCGAUGUCAUUUCUCCAGUGAAGGGCUCUUGUGUGCGGCACACAUUAAACAGGUCUCAGUUGUGACAACAAGCGCGGAAACUUUUGAACCAUGAUAUUUUUUGUGUUUAAAAAUUGGGAUUUCCAAACUAUCCAAACAGUAGAACGGUCAAAUGCACAAAUAAAUUAUAUGGACAUAUCAAAUAUACAGAAAUGAAGUUCGUUUAUUAUGUCAAUUAUAUGUCGCUGACUUUCCUCGGAUAGCAUCGACGAGAAACACGGUUUCUAGUGAAUUGCACGGUGGUACAUCUCAGAUUAACCAAAUAACUGAUACCAGACGCCAGGUUCUGUAUACAAGCUAGUUAAAACUAAGAUUACAGUUUAUAAUAUGUGUUAAUUAAUAUCUAUCGUAAUAAUACCUCAUAAUAUUCGACAUCAGAAAAACUGAGGGGCAGUAGAAUGACCAUCAACAGAAGUCCUACAGCCAGAACAGCACCACCUAACUUCCAGUAUGUUGAAUCGUCCGCCAUCGUUGAAGUUGGACUAACAACUAACCAACAUGCACAGGCAAUGAUCCAAACAAAAAUAGCACAAAUGCUUGCACGCCCACCUGACAACGGGGCGCGUGAUAUAUUUUUUUAUAAACCUGAUAAAUCGUGAAUAUUCGACUGAAGUUCGCUUGUGAAUUCACUUUCAAAUUUUGAUUUCGAUUCUCGCCUGUAAAUAAUUCUUGUUUGCUGGUAAGUUACAUGCAAAGGCUAAAGUCAAACACCAGAUUAGGCCAGAUUAGCUUGCUUGAAUAGGAAGCGAUUUUUUAAAAUAUUGCAAAACAGUAAAAAACCCCAUGGGAUGGGAAUGGUGAAUAGGUGAUGAUAAUUAUUUCCCCCAUUCGAUUGAGUCAAAAAUGAAAGCAAUAUUAAAGCUAUUUUCAAUAUAUCUUUUGUAUAUUUGAAGCGCACAAAGAGAUUGCUUUAUCGUUCCAUAAUGAGAAACGCGGAGACAAUUACACUAGGAGAGGUAUUAAAAUCAUGCUCUUAUUGCUCUGAAGCACACAAAUUAAGACAUGUUUAAGCGCGCGUCGGAAUUAAUUUACACAAAAAGGAUUUUGUCACCAGGGGUCUUUGUUUUUCACUAUGACGUUUCCCGUCUGUUGCGAUAGAUUUUGAAACCAUCCUAGCUGCUUGUAGCUGCUUUCAUUCUGCUUCCGAGUUUCCAUGAUCGUACACAGCUAGGUAAGUAACCAAAGCUUUGCUGUUCAUUUUGUUUUAUAUAGCGAGACUUUGAUACUUGCGUGUUGACAACCAAGGAAUUUUAUAUGUCCUGCAAUACGGUCGGCAUAGUUUUUAGUGUAUGGUAUUUAGUGCAAGGUAAUAGGUAUAUGUAAAAGUCUGAAUAUAAUAUUGUUUGUCCUAUUAAAUAAAUCCAACAAUUCGUCUCAUGCAGGUACUGUCGAUUAUGGUAGCUGGCUCUAUCAAACUCAAAAUGCUUGGAGUUCAAGUAUUCGGUUGUAUAAUCUAUAAAUAUCCAUCAAGUGUCAGUAAUGGAGUCAGCCCAUGAGAAUUACCAUGAAAUAUUGCUACACAGGCACAGCUAUUCCAAGUAGCAUUUUAUAUCAUAAAUCAUAAUAUUGUUUAAAAAUUUUCUUCAAAAAAUUGCUUAGUUUUCAUUCAAGCCUGGGAACGCAGAUAUUACUCGUGCCUGAUUUUUGACAGUAAGGCAUGAGUCUUAAAAUAGACAUUUUCUGUUUUUUUCUGUCAAUGUCAGGAACUGGCAUUUCAACAGGACGCUUAUAUGAAAUAGUUGAUUUCACUUCAGAAUAAUGGAAACAAAAACAAUAUUGAUUCUCGGUUUGGUGGGUGCGCUCGUGGUCAUUGCGAUUGGUCUUAUUGCAUCCUCGGGGAAACGACUCGAUUCAACUGAAGGUAUGAAACUCGCAGGAUUUGCAACUGGUAAUUUUGUCUUGCAAAUUUAGCGAAACUUUCUUCGCAUUGAGUGAGAAGAGUACGUCCAGUUUGACUCAACCAAACAGGUUUUUUGUAAGCCAGGUGGAAUAAAUGCAUCUGAUUGGUAAAUGUUUUUUUAAAUAUUUUUUAUUUGCAUACAAGUGAGGGUGCGCACGCAUGGCGUCAUAAUGAUAUGCAAAGCAAGUUUGGGCAGGAAAGUUAUUGUAUAAAGAAAACUGAACAGAUUUGAAAUUGCUCUCAAUUUUGCAAAACAGCAAUUAGUAUCCAGUUUUUUAUAUAUAUAUAUAUACAUAUAUAGCUUCUUUGGGUAUUUAUAAUGUAGAAUAAUGAAAAAAAUUCUCGAGCUCAAAUUUUGUGAACCAGGGGUGUCUUUUCCAACAAACUAAAUGGCUUGCGCACGAAAUUUAAAAGCUUUAAUCAUAUUUUGAGUUAAUAGAUGAGAAAUUUGUUGGAUUUUUAAUUACUGUACAAAAUUUCAGACAAUUUGCUUUAGUUUAAGUCCUUCAACUAUUCACGCAAACUUACACUUUUCCUAAAAAAUCAGCUAUCUGCAUGCUAAUUAAUCCCUUUGCCUAAUUUGCAUAUACAGCAAUAUGCAGAUUAAUAUUAGGUAAAGGCAUUAAGCAUGCGAAAAGCAGAUUUUUUAGGAAAAAAUGAAAAGGACUUAAACUAAAGCAAAUUGUCUGACAUUUUGUACAGUAAUUAAAAAUCCAACAAAUUUCCCAUCUGUUUAAAAUUAUAAGUAGCCAAAGAUACUAUAUACAUAAAAAAUUGGAUACUAAUGACUGUUUUGCGAAAUUGAGAGGAAAUUCAUAUCUGUUCAGUUUUUUUAUACACCCUGUAUAAAGAUAUAUGGUAACGACAACAGAACAUAAGUUCCACCAAAACAUUACAAAAUAGUACCGGUAGCAGAAAUCAAAAUCUGAACCUCUCUGUUCUGUUCAAAAUUCAGUUGGAUUAAGCUAUGAUCCAAACCAAAGAAAGCUGGGCAGCGAAGCAAAGAGAGAAGGUCUUCACUUUGGAGCACCUGGAUUCAAAUUUAUCAAAUUCUCGAGUAUUUUCGAGUCCAUCUCCUACAGCAGUGUGACGUGUUUGAACAAAGAUGGUCUAGUUAUAGGACUGGAUGUAGAAUUCCAGUAUCGAGUCGAUGCAAACUACCUGAAGAAAAUUGUGCUGGAAUUUCGAGAUGCUGACAAAUAUGAAAAAGUGGUCAGGUAUGAAUACCCAAAAUAUGUUACUGACAACUGGUUUGAAUUCAAGCUGACAACCACAUUAAAAAGAGAUCAAUUAAGGGGUCAUCCACAAUUGUUCACAUUCUCAAAAAUGUAUCAACCCUCUCCCUCUCUAAAGAUUACGCUAAACCUUAGAAAUGAAGAUGGAUCUUUGAUCCCCCCCCCCCUCAACGCACGCUUGAAGAAAUGUUGACUAUCAAAAUUUCUGUGAUCACGCUAGAAAUUUUGCAUAGGUAGGCGUUAAACGCCGAGUUGGUUCCCUCAAACAUUUCUUACCAAUCCAUCUCAAAAUCAUUAUUAAUUGAUGAGUAAAUUAGCCAACCAUAUUGCUUCAUUUUGCUCAGUCACAUGAUAGUACUGGAUACCUGGUGAAGAUUGAACUAUAUUGUUGCACUCCUGGAUCAAAAUUAAUUCAUCUCACUUUAAGUAAUGAUUGAUUCGUACGAGAUGUCAUUCUGCGGACACAAAUGGACGACUCGCGCUUUAGACUAAAUUUUAAUCUAAGUAAGAACAACGAAAUCUAUCACCACAGCUAGAAAGAGCGUCUUGGAAUUAGUAAUAUUACAAAGUUUGCUUGCGAAAUGUUGUAAAAUACGGAAACUAUAGCCCUUCAAAGUUGGCAAAUUUGUAUACUUUUGUAUUACGUGCGUGAAUUGGUAACUAAAUUAGUUACCAAUUUCCGCACGUGAUAGAAAUGUAUACAAAUUUGCCAACUUCGCAGGGCUAUAUUUUCCGUAUUUUACAACAUUUCGCAACCAAACUUUGCAGUUUUUCUAAUUUUGAUAACUUCUUUCCGAAAAUAUCCUUUGUUAUUCUCAGAUUAAAAAUUUUUCUAAAGCGCAAGUCGUCCUUGUAGUCAGAUUUGAAAUAUUACUUCAAAACUUAGAAUUUACCCAUGCAAAAUUCCUACUGUUGCCACAGAAACUUUGAUAGUCUAAACCAGGCUAACACAAUUUUUCAACAGAUCUAUAGGUCUCUACGCUAUCCAUGAUGCGUGCAGUGAAUACAACACAAGUCAAACUGUGAACGAACGGACACAAUUCCAAAGUCGAAUCCAAGAGAUCAUGGUAGAGCGAUUGGGAGAUAUACAUGUUGUGGUGACGGACUUACAAAUGAGUAACAUCGCAAGACCUUUGCGAUACGAGCAAGCGUUACAAGCAAAGGAAAGUGCGAAGGAAAGCAUUACGACCGCGGAACUGGAACGACCUCGACAGCUUGUUGAGGCGGAAACGAAACUAAAGCAAGCAGAAACUCAAGCCGAAAUCACAAUCGCUUUAGCUAAAUCUAAAGCUAAGAUUGCGGAGACGAAGGCAAAAGCCAAAGCUGAGGCAAUCACGGAAGCUUAUAAAGCCGAGGCUGUUGUCUAUUCUAGUAUUAUGAAACAGCAGAAUUUGACCAUCGAGGGGUUGUUGUCCUAUCUUAGUGUCCGUGUGGUUGGCGAGACUGAUAAUACUGUUUAUGCAGGCUUAGAUGCACCCGCAAAAACUAAGUAUACGCAUUGAUAGAUGGGAUAUAGUUAGGAAAACACACGGAAUCUUGUAUUAUUUAUGGUAAAAAUUGAAAUCUUCUACUUGCCUCAUUUUAUUUAAACCUGGUUACUCUGAAAAUACGACGUUUUCUAAAACUAAAGGUUCGAUUCCUGCGGUACUCAAUUGUCUGAUUAUCCCCUUGAGUCUCAUGUGCGUAAAAAACAACCUGUGGUUCCGGUUUCAGACCAAUCCUAAUCCUGACGACCCUAUUAUUUUUUCAACGCGAUUGACUAUGCGACCCUAUUUUCUCCAGGUGGUUGCGGGCUGCUCAUACAGCGUGCCAAAAUGGCGUCUGUUGUCACACUAAUUAUUGAACCAAAUUGCCUAAAUUCGUCCAUAGGAAAUACGCAUCUCUAGUUAAUAUCGAUGUUGGGACUACUGCAAAUCGCCCAGCAAAACCACGAAAGUAUUAAAAAAAAAAAAAAUUUCCGACCUACAGACCCUAAUUUUUUCACGAUAUGAAACCGGAACCACAAGUAUUUUUUUUACGCCCAAACACCUCACGUUUGAAAAAUACUGCACCAAUAAGGAACGGCUCUUGCUGAACCUCUAUGGAGAAGAAUUUAGAUAAAACUCGCAGAGCUGUCCAGUAUGGUUGGUUUAUUACAGUGGCAAUGAACAAAACUCUGUCAUGCUGUUGAGUAGGGAAUUUGAAUACGGUAGACGUUAACAUAAAGACAACGGCUAUCAACACAAUCAAAUUCACCAUGUAGUACAUUGAUGAUUCAAAUUCUUAUGCGAAUUUUUAGACCCGUUUACACGUGCAAUUUUUGCUGCUAUUUCUAAUGUGAUGCUCUUCUACUGAUGCAUGUGAACGAAUAGAUAAGUUAUGAAUGUUCAAAGUACAUACUGUAUGUACCCUCACUUGAACAUUUAUAAAUCAUCCAUGCGUUCAUCGAUGUAUAUAUACGAUAGUUAAUACAAGGCAAGAAUACUAGAUAAUUAUUUAUUUCAACAAAUUUGUUUGGCCGUCGUCUUUCCGUGAGCGCCUUCCAUUUCAAAAAUCCCUAUUACCGUAUAUCCUCUAUUCAGCACCAGUCCCCCGAGGGAAAAGAGUGGAGCGAGGGGUCAGGUUCAAUAGGCCAGCUUAUUGUUUUGUCAGAACGCUUGAGCUAUACGAAGAACGUGGGAACUCGAGUACAAGGAAGGGUAAUUUUUUUCCUCUAAGGAAAGGGUGAGGCUUUUUGGAAAGGACAAGGAUUAUUAAAAAGGGGCGAGGCUCAUUACAAAGGGGAUUCUUUUUACUUUUAGCCUCCCUGGCUUAAAAGAGGAUUUACGGUAAUACGGGGCUUGAGAAGGAACUAAAAACGACAUUUUAAGAAUUGUUUGAAAAGACACUACAUCUUCAUUUAUUCCUAUGCACAACAGUACAUCUGUUUUUGUUCGAUUUGCAGUUCAAGCUUUCAUAUAGCUACGCCCUGGUUCAUUCACAAUAGUAAAAUACUAAUUUAUACAAUGGUCUCAGUGCAUGGACUACAUUACAGCACGGUCUUCAUAAAGACACUGCAUUGAACAUUUAAAAAUCAACCAGGAAUUGAAACUUAACUAACUGCAUCCGAUGAUUCUAGCUUUCGGGUUUGCUCGCGAAGAAAUUCAAUCCUGCAAAAUAAAGUACGA